ACCGUCGGAUUGGAUAAUCCAACGGCGGAGGGAGAAACCCUAGGAGAGAAGACGUCUUUAUAAGGGAGAGGAGAGGGCGAAACCCCCCUCUCUCCAUUCUCUAGGCCGAAAUUCUCCUGCGAGCUAUCCUCUACAGAGAGCCGGCAAUUUCUCAAAGCUAACACUAUGGGUAAAGAAAAGGUUCAUAUCAACAUUGUGGUCAUUGGCCACGUCGACUCUGGGAAGUCGACGACCACUGGUCAUCUUAUCUACAAGUUGGGUGGUAUUGACAAGCGUGUGAUUGAGAGGUUUGAGAAGGAAGCUGCUGAGAUGAACAAGAGGUCAUUCAAGUAUGCCUGGGUGCUUGACAUGUGGAAGUUUGAGACUACCAAGUACUACUGCACAGUCAUUGAUGCUCCUGGGCAUCGUGACUUUAUCAAGAACAUGAUUACUGGUACCUCACAGGCUGACUGUGCUGUUUUGAUCAUUGAUUCCACCACUGGUGGUUUUGAAGCUGGUAUCUCUAAGGAUGGUCAGACCCGUGAGCACGCUCUUCUUGCUUUCACUCUUGGAGUGAAGCAGAUGAUCUGCUGCUGCAACAAGAUGGAUGCUACCACCCCCAAGUACUCCAAAGCCAGGUACGAUGAAAUUGUGAAGGAAGUCUCCUCAUACCUCAAAAAGGUUGGAUACAACCCUGACAAAAUCCCCUUUGUCCCCAUCUCCGGUUUUGAGGGUGACAACAUGAUCGAGCGGUCCACCAACCUUGACUGGUACAAGGGUCCUACCCUUCUUGAGGCCCUAGACCAGGUCAACGAGCCAAAGCGUCCCUCUGACAAGCCCCUUCGUCUCCCACUUCAGGAUGUCUACAAGAUUGGAGGCAUUGGAACUGUCCCCGUCGGUCGUGUUGAAACUGGUGUCCUCAAGCCUGGUAUGGUUGUUACCUUUGGUCCUACUGGUCUGACCACUGAAGUCAAGUCUGUUGAGAUGCACCACGAAGCUCUCCAAGAGGCUCUUCCUGGUGACAAUGUUGGCUUCAACGUCAAGAACGUUGCUGUCAAGGAUCUCAAGAGAGGUUACGUCGCCUCAAACUCCAAAGAUGAUCCCGCUAAAGAGGCUGCUAAUUUCACUUCCCAGGUUAUUAUCAUGAACCACCCAGGCCAGAUUGGAAAUGGAUACGCCCCUGUCCUCGAUUGCCACACCUCACACAUUGCCGUCAAGUUCUCUGAGAUACUCACCAAGGUUGAUAGGCGAUCUGGUAAGGAGCUUGAGAAGGAGCCCAAGUUCUUGAAGAACGGAGAUGCUGGUUUCGUCAAGAUGAUUCCGACCAAGCCCAUGGUUGUGGAGACUUUCUCUGCGUACCCUCCCCUUGGUCGUUUCGCUGUGAGGGACAUGCGCCAGACUGUUGCUGUUACUGGUGCUAAGGUCACCAAGGCGGCAGCCAAGAAGAAAUGAAGCAUGGGUUCUUAUGGGUCGAAGGUCUUAUUUUCGUUAUUAGUACGUUUUGUUAUGUGUUUGCCAGUUUAUGGACUUUGCUGUAGGAUUUGGUCUGCUGCUUUGCUGCUGCUGAUAUUUGGUGCUCGUUCCCAGAACUGGGUGCUUGAUAGACGGUGGUCGAGCAAAAACUUAUGUGUCUGCUGAAUUUUCUCCUAUGGUUUGUUGAGUCCGGUGUUAUGAAGAGUCUGAACUUUGUUUCCUUGGCUGUUGUAGGAGGUUUUAGCUUUUCUAUUCUCCUGCUCAGCUCGGAUCAUUUUAAUUGAAGUAUAGUAGUUUUGUGUCA